CCCGCACGAGCCAUGCAUUUCGCCCUUUCCUCUUCCACUCGCAUCAAGUUGACCUCUCCAACAAAGGAAAGCAAUGCCGUCCAAACGACAGGUCAUUUCCCCGGGGCAAACACGAGGAGAAGCCCCCCCUCCUUCACCUCAAGGGCGUCGUGCACCGCAAAGUCUCGUCAGCAAUCGCAUCAAGCUAGCCCUCCUCGCCCUAAUCCUCUCGCGCCUCAUCCCCUUCCUCUCCUGGGCCACGACUGCGUUCUGGCCUGUGAGCCUUCCUGACUUCUGGGUACCAGACGGAUCUACGUGCUCGAACCUAAAUGCAUCACAAGUCGAUGAUUCGGUUUACGACGGCAAGCCAACAGGUGGGAUAGCCUCGACGAAGCAGGAGUUGAGCUUCUGUGAGGAUGCCGAGCACCUCGUUGGUGGAUGGGUCUUGUUUAGUUGCGACUUCAAUCGCGGGAGGUGGAAUACGGUCAUGGGUCCACUCGAAGAUCCCGAGCCGCGAGGGUCAUUGUGGAUCUGGGAUGCUCGGAACGGCAGCGAAGAAGAAGAAGAAGGGCCGCGUGUGCUAUCUUUGUCGGGCUACCCGAAGGAGAGGGACUUCCAUCCCUUGGGGACGGCGUACCACGAGGGGAGUGGGCGACUCUUUGUUGUGAAUCACGCACGAGAUGCAAGUAGUAUUGAGGUGUUCGACCUCGUGCAUGACAGAGUCAAUGGCGCAUGGGAAGCGCACUACGUACUUUCCUUGCGGCAUCCACUUGCUACGCACACGCCGAACGCCAUCGUCGCGCUGGGGGCUACUUCUUUGCUGGUGACCAACGACCAUCUCCUCGCAAGACGACCUCCGAGAGACAUUGAACAACUCCAGGCUACGUACAGGGCCCUCUCCCCCGACUGGCUCCCCUCCUCCCUUAUCGCACCCCUAGCUCGACUAGCCAGCAACCCCCUCGUAGCCAAUCUCGCCCCACGCCUGGAAACGAUACUUGGCCUAGGAGGCGGAUGGGUGGCACAGCUGCGCUUCACCGAUGACGAGGCCAGUGCUGCGGAAGCUCGCCUUGUUGCGACGGGUAUUCCAUUCGCCAACGGCCUCGCCAUCAGCCCGGACGGUAGCACACUGGCCGUGGCAUCGACCACUACGCCUGGCGUCCGAAUGUACGCCUUUACCGCACCACCUUCAGGAGAUGGAUGGGCCGAACCGCUAGGUCGAAGACGGGGCGUGAGCUACGAUGUGGUCUCCACGCCAUUCGCGCCGGAUAAUGUCGCCUUCUCCCGCACCAGUCGUAGUCCCAAGGGCAAAGAGAGUGACAAGACUCCAUGGGGAGGGGCCAAGCUAGUAGUGGCAGGCCACGCAAACCCGAUUCAGUUGCUCAGCCUCGCGCGAGGGCCCUACGAUCUGGAUAACGAGGGGAAGAAGCAGAAGAAGGCGUCCAGCUGGGUCGUUGCGAUUGAUGUCGUUGCUGCGAUAGAAGGGGGAGAGAGUGAGCAAGAGGAGGACGAUCAAGCGCCCCACCCCGCCUUACGCGCAGGCAUGGCACGAGAGCGACUGGUAGCAGUGCAUCCCCCUCACUCCAGCUCCCCAACUUCCAGCUGGGAGUAUCGCCUCCGCACCCUCUACCAAGGCUCGGCCGGCUCUGCGAACGGGCCAGGGGUUAGGAGCAGCACGACUGGCCUUCUCAUCGACGAGGAAGACAAUCCGGCAGAGUCGGAGGCGGAGGGGAAGGCGACAUUCGUCGUGCCCGGACUGUACGCUCGAGGAGUCAUGGUUUGUCACGGUGUGUCGUUGUAGUAUGUUCAGUCGUCGAAAGGUAAUAUGGGAUACACGAUGGGGUGAUAGUGAUACAUGUGGUGACUCAAGAGAAGUGUGUCGGGAGGCGAGGGGAGGGACAAAG